AUGGGGGUAAAGCGGUGCCUUCAGAUCGGAGGUACCAUGCUCAUCUUCUUAGCCAACAUCCUUAUGGUACUGGCCACUGCCACCAACUACUGGAGCCGACACCCAGACGGCCACAGCGGCUUGUGGCAGGAGUGUAACCAAGGCGUCUGUUCCACCAUCCCCUGUCAGACCAUGCUGGCGAUGACAGGGGCGUGCAUGGUGCUGGCGGUGGGCUUCGGCAUCGUGAGCAUGUUGAUGGGGCUGCGCAUUUUGUGCCACCAUGGUGAACCGCUGCGGGGCCGGAUGACCAGUGCCAUCUUAUUCCUCAGCGGGUUGCUGCUGCUCAUCGCAAUGAUAGGCUACUCCGUGAAGGAUGCAUGGACGUCUGACGUCUUCUUCUCCUGGUCCUAUUUUUCGGGGUGGCUGGCUUUACCCUUUUCUAUCCUCGCGGGCUUCUGUUUCCUGCUGGCGGACAUGAUCAUGCAGAGCACCGACGCGAUCAGUGGGUUCCCCGUGUGCCUGUGA